AUGGGCAAGAAGAGCAGAAACACCAAGGCGGCCGCAGGCAGCGGAGCCCCAACCCCGACACCAGCGUUGCCGGCCAGCCAAGCUCUUGACCUGCUGGGCGCAGACGAUUCCGUCACGCAACGGCUUGGAGAGCUACUGGACUCGAUCAGCAGAUGCCGGACUGUUUUGGAGCGGCUGAAGAAGGCUGGCUACAGCGAGCAUGUGGCCCAGCGCGCGUGCCUGGAGGUGCACCAGGCCAAGCGGGAGGUGUCUUACGACUCAGCACUCAAGUGGAUCCGCCGCCACGACGUCACCAAGAUCGACAAGCCGCUGCAGCCGCUGGAGCUUCUCAAGUACCUGUCUGAGAUUGUGGUGAGCCUGGUGGAGCGCCUGCCCAAGCCCGACCCCGCCCAGCUACAGCGCCAGCUGGCGCCAGAAGUGCGCGCCGCCCCCGCACUGCUCACCGGCGGCGCGGCAGGUGGCGGCGGCGGCGGCACCGGCGGCGCAGCAGGCGCCGUGGCAGCCAAUGGCCAGGGGGCGGUCGGGAGCGGCGGCGGCGGCGCCGCUGCCGCCGUGGCGGCGGCACGCCAGCGCCAGGCGCAGCAGCUGCUGCUGGACCCGCACUGGCAGGCCUCGCUGGCUGGCGAGGACGACGUGCUGCGCAAGCUGGCGACGGCGGAGGCCGCCGAGGGCGACCUGGAGGCGAUGCUGCUGGAGCUGGGAGCCCUGGAAGAGGCCUCUGCCUCCGCCUCCUCAGCAGCCGCCACCUCCUCCUCCUCCGUGGCACCAGCACCAGCCGGCACAGACGCAGGGAGCGGCAGCGCAGGCAGCGAGCUGGCACUGGUGGCCAGCGGCUCGGCGAGCUUGGGCGCCAGCGUUGGCGGCGGCGCAGGCGCCGGCUUCACUGGCCGGGUGGCGCAGCAGAUGCUGGGCCUGCAGCAGCAGAUGAGCAAGGCGAUGCAGAGCCUGGCCAGCCUGCGCCGCAGCGGCUCCGGCAGCGGCGGCGGCAGCAAGACGGAGGCUGCGGCGGAGGCGGCGAUAGCCGAGGUGGCAGCGGCAGGGGCUGGAGAGGCGGCGCAGCAGGCGCCGGGUGCGGGGCCGAGCACCAGCCCUGGCGCUGGCGGCGCGGGAGGCAGCGCUCAUGCCUCGCCAGCGGUGCCGCCGCCGUCGACGACCUUGCCAGUUGGUUUGUCUGCCGAGCAGCAGGCGCUCAUCCAGGAGCAGCUGUCCAAGCUGCAGCUGAGCCAGGGGCAGCUGGCCUCGCUGCGGGCCAUGCUGGGGCCAGGCGAGCACCGCGCUGCUGCUGCUUGCGUGGAGGUGUACACAGCUGAGGAGUACAGGGAGCACAACCCAGAUGCGGACUACGACUCGCUGCCGGCCAUAGACCUGCAGCUGCUGGGCCCCCAGCCGGCAGCCGCGGCGCGCCCAGGCAGCGCUGCCAGCGCACGCGCCGCCAUCGCCCCGCCCCUGCCACCCGCCGCCGGCGCAGAGGCAGCUGCUGGGGCCCCAGCCGGCAGCGCCGCGGCGGCCGCCGCGCCGGGGGAGCCGCAGGCGUUGGCAGCAGAGCUGGCCAGCCUGCGGCAGCACCGCGAGUGGGCCGACCGUCGCAUCGCGCAGCUGAUCCGCCGCGUGAGCGAGGCGGAGCGGCCGGUGCGGGAGGAGGCGGCCAAGCUGCUGCGCGAGGUGCAGGCGCUGAGGGUUGAGAAGGAGGCUAUGAAGGGGAGGCUGCAGGAGCUGGAGCGCAGCAUUGCCAAGGUCAAGGAGAGCACGUAUGUGGAGGCUGCGCAGAAGAGGGAGUUUGAGCGCGCGGCGGCGGUGGCGGCGGCGGAGCUGAAGGCUGCCAGCCUGCGCGAGGCGGAGGUGUCGGCUGAGGCCCGGGAACUGCAGAAGCAGCUGGCACAGGAGCGCAAGCGCCGUGAGGCCGCCGAGGCGCGCAGCAAGAAGAGCGCCUCGGAUGCGGCUGGCGCGGCGUCGGCGGCGGCCACGGCGGUCGCCCAGGACGAGGUGGAGGCGCUGAGGCGGCAGCUGGCGAGGCAGCAGCAGCUGGCGGAGGAGCGGCGGUGCGUGGCGGCGGCGGCCGAGGCGGCGGCGGCAGAGGCCGUGGCUCGCGCCGGCAUCGCCGACAGCGCCGCCAAGGGGCGGUGCGAGAUGCUGGCUGCCGAGAAGGCCUCGCUGGCGGUGGCGCUGGAGGAGGCGGCACGCCACCAGCAGCGGGCGGCGGCAGAGGCGGAGGAGGAGCGCGAGAAGCUGCUCGGGCAGCUGGCUGCUGCCCAGGGACGGGCCGCGCAGCUGGAGGCCGGGGCGCAGGGCCUGCAGCAGCAGCUGGCAGCGGUGCGUGGCGAGGCCGCCGCCGCGGCGCAGCGCGCGGCCGAGGCGGAGGCGCACGCCGCCGCCGCCACCGCCGCCGCCGAGGCCGCCCGCCAGCAGCUGGCCGCGCUGGCGCAGCAGCAGCAGCUUCUGGGCGGCGGCUCUGCGCUGUCCAGCCCAGACCCGGCGCCGUCGGCACCCACGCCGGCCCCGCCCACCAGCCGUAGCAGCGACGGCGGCAGCGCUGGCGGCGGCAGCCUGUUUGGAGGCGCCGGCAUGGGCAUGUGGGGCGGGGGCGGCCUGUUUGGCAGCGCCCCGCUGGAUGCGGCGGCCGCCAGCAGCCCCGCGCCCUCGGGCCCCGCCACGCUGUCGCCCAGCAUGGGCAGCAGCUCUCCCAUGAGCCACAGCGGCGGCGCCACGCCACACCACAGCAUGAGCUGCAGCAUCGCCAACAGCCCCGUGGCGCCGCCGGCCGGCUGCCUGGCCAUGCCCGCCGCCCACUUCCUGCACGGCUCCCUGAUGGCCGGCGCCGGCGCCGGUGCUGGCCCCGGCGGCGGCGGCCUGUUUGCGCCCCUGCCGCAGCAGCCCGCGGGCGCGUUCGCCGCCGCCGACUCGCUGUUUGGCGGCGUGGGGCCCAGCGGCAUCCUGCUGCCAGACCCAAACAGCAUCUGGGGCGGCGGCGGGACACCUGCGGGCCCGGGGUCGGGAGCCCAGCCGCACUUCUUCCAGCCAUCACAGCAGGUGCUGCGCUGA